AGGUUAGAGGUAUAAAUAAAUGAAAGUCCACCAAAAUUCAAAGUGAGAGGAGAAAAUUGUGUUGAAUCUCCAUUCACCAAUCACAAUUUUUCAAUCCUCUCGUAAAUUUCUCUCUCUUCUCUCUCCUAUCAUCUUCUUCCUCCAUCUCUAGGGUUUUCCUGAACCUUCGAGAAAAAAUAACCAGAGGAGAGAGAAAGCUAGCGAUCAUCAUCAUCAAUGGCGUCUUCGACCUCUGAUUUGAUCGGAUCCACCGAGUCGGUUUCCGGACUAUCAUUGGAUCCUUCUUCAGGUUCUUCUUAUGCGAUUUUACUUUUGUGGACUUCAAUUGCGGUGAUCGUAGGAUUGGUGUUCGUUCUUUGGAGAAGAUCGAAUGAUAAUAGUGGAGAUUCUAAGGUUGUUGUUGCUCCUAAAUCUUUGAAGGUUGAACCUGAGGAAGAUGAGCUUGAAAUUGCGGCUGGAAAAACUAAGGUCUCUAUAUUUUUUGGAACGCAGACUGGAACUGCUGAGGGCUUUGCUAAGGCUUUAGCAGAGGAGAUCAAGGCAAGAUAUGACAAAGCUUUGGUGAAGGUUCUUGACUUGGACGAUUAUGCUGCAGAUGAUGAUCUAUAUGAAGUAAAACUUAAAAAAGAAACUUUAGCAUUCUUCAUGGUUGCCACUUAUGGAGAUGGGGAGCCCACUGAUAAUGCUGCCCGGUUUUACAAAUGGUUUACAGAGGGAAAUGAGAGGGAACCUUGGCUUCAGCAGCUGACAUUUGGUGUAUUUGGCCUGGGUAAUCGUCAGUAUGAACACUUCAACAAGAUUGCAAAGGUGCUAGAUGAACAGCUCAUUGAACAAGGUGCAAAGCGUCUGGUUCCUGUUGGACUUGGCGAUGAUGACUAUCAAUGUAUUGAGGAUGAUUUUUCUGCUUGGCGGGAAGCUUUGUGGCCAGAAUUGGAUAAGAUACUGAGAGAUGCAGAUGAUGCAAAUACUGUGUCAACACCAUAUACAGCUGCUAUUUUUGAAUACCGUGUAGUCAUUCAUGGAUCUGACGUCAAAACCUUUGAGAAUCAGCUCAACAAUAUGUCAAAUGGCAAUGCGUCCUUUGAUAUUCAUCAUCCAUGCAGAGCUAAUGUGGCGGUGCAAAGGGAGCUUCAUAAACCUGAUUCUGAGCGUUCUUGUAUACACUUGGAGUUUGAUAUAGCAGGCACUGGAAUCAUUUAUGAAACCGGAGAUCAUGUUGGAGUCUAUGCUGAAAAUUGUGAUGAAAUCGUGGAAGAAGCAGGAAAGCUACUGGGUCAGUCGUUGGAUCUGCUUUUUUCUAUUCACUCAGAUGGAGAAGAUGGUAUUCCUUUGGGAGGUUCCCUACCGCCACCUUUUCCUGGUCCUUGUACACUUCGCUCUGCUCUGGCACGAUAUGCUGAUCUUUUGACAUCUCCAAGAAAGGCUGCACUACUUGCUUUGGCUGCUCAUGCAUCAGAGCCUGCAGAGGCAGAGAAAUUGAAGUACUUGGCAUCACCUGAGGGGAAGGAUGAGUAUUCAGCUUGGAUUGUUGCUAGUCAAAGGAGUCUUCUGGAGGUCAUGUUAGAGUUUCCAUCAGCAAAGCCACCUCUUGGGGUAUUUUUUGCUUCAGUGGCUCCUCGGUUACAACCACGUUAUUAUUCUAUCUCAUCCUCUCCAAGGCUAUAUGCAAACCGAGUUCAUGUAACAUGUGCCUUGGUGCAUGGUCCUACUCCUACUGGUAGAAUCCACAAAGGGGUCUGUUCAACAUGGAUGAAGAAUGCAGUUCCUGCUGAGGAGAGCCAGAAUUGUAGUUGGGCUCCAAUCUUCAUCAGAGCAUCUAACUUCAAGUUGCCAGCAGAUCCUUCUGUUCCAAUAAUCAUGGUGGGACCUGGAACUGGGUUAGCUCCUUUUAGGGGAUUUUUGCAGGAAAGAUUGGCCUUGAAACAGGAUGGGGUCCAACUUGGUCCUGCUAUACUCUUCUUUGGAUGUAGAAAUCGUAGAAUGGAUUUUAUCUAUGAGGAAGAACUGCAUAAGUUUGUUGAAGAGGGAGCUGUUUCAGAGCUGGUAGUCGCAUUCUCAAGGGAGGGGACUCAAAAGGAAUAUGUUCAGCAUAAGAUGGUGGAUAAGGCCUCUUACUUGUGGAAUCUGAUUUCUUCUGGCGGUUACUUAUAUGUCUGUGGGGAUGCAAAGGGCAUGGCUCGGGAUGUUCAUCGAACUUUGCACAAUAUUGUUCAGGAGCAGGAGAAGGUGGAGUCGUCCAAAGCAGAAGCUAUUGUAAAGAAGUUGCAGAUGGAUGGACGAUACCUUCGGGAUGUGUGGUGAGCUGUAUCUGUUAGUUACCUUGUUUUUCGUGUGAGCACUAACAAAAGAGCUCUUCGAACACAGCCGAACAUUCUCCAUCCUGAACUCCAAAUUCCUGUAGCAGAUAAUAGCGGAUGGUGGGAAAUAGGCCGUUGCUUCCACCAGUCUACUGUAUUUAUUGUCUCCCUUUUUGGCUGACUAGAGGAUAGACCAAUGUCGAAUCUUUUAUACGUUUAUUGUUUCUACAAUCAAAAAAGCAGUGUGGCAGUUGAGGAAGUUAAGUAUAGUUGGAAAAUAUUGUAGGUGGUUAGAAAAUGUUCCAUUGAAAUGAAUUGUAUUUGUUCUUUGUAAGAUGAAUAAAGCCUAUAAUUUUGUGCUGUCGUAGGUGUUUGUUGUAUCCUUACCGAUUCUUAUUUUCACCUUAUAAAUUUGUUAUAUUCCUAA